AAUAAUGUUGCUGUCUACUGGGGCCAAGGUGCAUCCCAAGCACGGCUUUCCGAGUCCUGCCAAAGUGACGACGUCGACAUCAUCAACCUCUCGUUCGUGAAUGGAUUUCCCGAUAAUUCGCCUGGUGGAUGGCCAGCGACCAAUUUCGGAAAUGCCUGCGGCGAGGAGAUGUACAGUAACAACGGCGUGAAGACCGAACUGAGGAGCAACUGCCCGCAGAUUGGUCCCGAUAUCAAGACUUGCCAAGCCGCUGGCAAGAAAGUCCUCCUCUCCAUUGGUGGCGGUUCCCCGACCAACUACUAUAUCAAUAACGCGACCUCCGCCAAAGACUUCGCGGAAUUCCUCUGGGGUGCUUUCGGCCCUCAAACGGACGAGUGGGUUGCCGCUGGGCUUCCCCGGCCGUUCGGCGACUCCAGCAUUGAUGGCUUCGACUUUGAUAUCGAGUCGCUGAUGCCGGACCCGCCGUUCGCGGACUAUGAGUCCCGUGGCUAUGCCGACCUGAUCAACUACCUCAAGGAUUAUUGUUUCCCUGCCGGGCCGAACGAGUACUAUAUCUCUGCCGCUCCUCAGUGCAUCGUUCCCGACUCGCACUUGUCUGAUGCGUUGGAGCACUCCUGGAUCGACUUUGUCUUCGUCCAAUUCUAUAACACUGCGCUGUGCUCUGCCCGCACGGGCCUGACCGACAUGGCAGCUUUCACUUACAAUGCUUGGAGUGAUCACCCCUCGCGGAACCCCAAUGUUAGAUACUACAUUGGUCUUCCCGCCUCCACAGAAGCCAUUUUCACUGACAAGUCUUACUACCUUUCCCCCGCCGAGGCCUUCACAAUUGCUUCAGACUACUAUACUGAUGACAAAUUCGGUGGCAUCAUGCUCUGGGAAUCCACAUACAGCAAGAGAAACCAGAUCUGCGGAAAGGAAUAUGCCUACUAUAUGAAGGAUGCCCUGAUU